AUGGUAUUGGUUCAGCUGUGGUCUCCCCACCAGGUUCUUCAGCCUAUUGCGCAAAUUGAUCCGCCUUUCCAAGGGUUUCGUGACGCCGGCUACUCAAACGCAGAUUUUGAGAUCACCAUCCAAGACAUUGUCUAUGCCAUGUGGAGAGCCAAGGAAAGAGGCAUGGUGGACCUCACCACAUUCAACUUGGAGGAGUACGAGCAGUACGAGCGUGUGGACCAGGGGGACUUCAAUGUCAUAUCCAAAGACUUUAUUGCAUUUGCAUCGCCCCAGAGCCGUAAAGGUCUAAACGAACCGUUCAAAAAAGUACUCAAUUUUUUCCUCGCCAACGAUGUCCAGCUCGUUGUCCGACUCAAUUCUCAUCUCUACGACGCUGCCGAGUUCACCCGUCGUGGCAUCCAGCACAUCGACAUGAUCUUUGACGAUGGCACCUGUCCCACGUUGGAAUAUGUCCAGAAGUUCAUCGGGGCUGCCGAAACCGUUAUUCACAACGGAGGCAAGAUUGCGGUCCACUGUAAGGCUGGCCUUGGCCGCACCGGGUGUCUUAUCGGAGCCCAUCUUAUUUAUACUCACGGGUUCACCGCCAACGAGUGUAUAGCCUAUAUGCGGAUGAUUCGUCCGGGAAUGGUGGUGGGUCCCCAGCAACAUUGGCUUUAUCUUCACCAAAAUGCGUUCAGAGACUGGCGCCAUACCAUGUGCUUGGACAAUCGUCCUGACGCUUUUAUUGGAGGUCUCUUUCCCUUGACAUCUUACGACGAAUUUAAGGCACGAAUGAAAAGCGAAAGAAAGAAACAGCAGCGACUCCAAACAGCGCCCAACUCGUCGUUCGUGGCCGACUCGUCGUUCAACACCCCAGUUCGCCGAAGAAAAAUCUCCGGUGCUCUCACCGCCAAGAUUCAAACUGCUGUACCGCAAGAGCUGCCAGGGCAACCACGUAAAUAUCGAGAAAAUCGGGACGAAUAUCCCACCCAUGUCAAUAACUCAGACGAAGAAAACGAUAUGGUGGAUGUGCGGUCGCAGAACCAGACGUUUGCAGACACCGAGGUUGACGACGAGAUCAACAAUUCUGACGGAGUGGUGUUGUAUAACAAGGAUACCUCGUCACCACGACGGGAAGCCUCCAGUGACUGGAAAGUACUUCGUUCCAUUUCUGUCAAUAGCCAGCAGCUGCCGGUGCUGCUCACGAAAACCACAACCACCACCACAACGAGAACCGUCAGCACCACGCUUUCGUCGUCACCUUCGUCGCCCGGAAGUAAGACCCCCAAGACUCGUAGUGUGUCUCGAGUAGGUGCUACGCCCAAGCCGAGAAUACCAUCAGGCGGCGUAAGAAAGGUCAGCGGAGGGAAAAAGAUUGCGUGA